UCUCCGCCCGCUCCGGCUGCAGCGCCGGCUGCAUCAAUAAUUCAGAGCGGCGGCGGCGGCGGCAGCGGCGGGUGCGGGCAGGAGGCGGCGGCAGCAGCGGGACCGAGCAGCAGCGGCUAUGCAUCCAAGUGCGGCUGGGCAGCCGCGGCACCCCUGAGGCCCGGGAGGGGCUCCGGGAACACAGCGCGGAGGGGACGCUAGUCCCGGAGUGCGAGGAAGAGGUGUAGUGUCCAGAGCGGCGGCGGCGGAGCUGCGCACGGAGCUGAGGAGGGGGCUUCGAAGCGGGACUGGGACGGGGGGGGGGGCGGCUGGCGCGAGCAGCCCUGGGGGUGGGGGGCGGGGUGGGCGCCGGCGGCGCGAUGCUGGGCGUCCUAGAGCUGCUGCUGCUGGGGGCUGCGUGGCUGGCGGGCCCGGCCCGCGGGCAGAAUGAGACGGAGCCCAUCGUGCUGGAGGGCAAGUGCCUGGUGGUGUGCGACUCCAACCCCACGUCCGACCCCACGGGCACUGCCCUGGGCAUCUCUGUGCGCUCUGGCAGCGCCAAGGUGGCUUUCUCUGCCAUCAGGAGCACCAACCACGAGCCGUCCGAGAUGAGUAAUCGCACCAUGAUCAUCUACUUCGACCAGGUACUAGUGAACAUUGGGAACAACUUUGAUUCAGAACGCAGCACUUUCAUCGCCCCGCGCAAAGGGAUCUACAGUUUUAACUUCCACGUGGUAAAAGUCUACAACAGACAGACCAUCCAGGUGAGCCUCAUGCUAAACGGGUGGCCGGUGAUUUCAGCCUUCGCUGGUGACCAGGACGUGACCCGGGAGGCCGCCAGCAACGGAGUCCUAAUCCAAAUGGAGAAAGGCGACCGAGCAUACCUCAAGCUGGAGCGGGGAAACUUGAUGGGGGGCUGGAAGUACUCGACCUUCUCCGGAUUCCUCGUGUUUCCUCUCUGACUGGCUCGUAGCCGGAAGGGAGGCAGGGAGAGGGCGAAGGCAGGAAGGGGAGUGAGAAAGAGGCUGAAAUUAAGAGAGCGAGAAAGCAGCACAACUUGAAACUUCCUACAUGUUCUCUAACUGUAUCUGGGUAAAAAGGUGCGCGCCAGCUGUGGGACAACUUUGUCCAUUUCCUUAUUAGGAGAAAUAAAUUUCGCUUAGCUCUGCGCACUCCCAUUUCCAAAAAUAAACUCGCCUCCCCCAUUCCAGUUGCAGUAAUCAAGAAAGAGGCUGCCUUGUCAUUGUUUCUUAUCCCCCAACUUCAUGUUCCCUGCAAUUUAUUUAAAGAAACUUUGUAUUUCACUACAUAAUCUGAAAUCUUUCUCCCUAGCCCCCUCUGAAUCCUUCUGCCUACUGAAAUCUGAUAUAUUACACGCCCCCAACCUUUUUUUUUUUUUCAGUUUGGAAAGGGGUAAAGUUUUGUUGUUGUUUUGUUUUGGAUGGGGAAGGUAGUUUUAAUUUGGCAAGUGUUGCUCUUCUUAAAACACUGCUCAAGUUAAUUAGCUGAAGAUACUUAGUAUCCUCGGCUGCUUGUUAGCAGAGAAAGGACUCACCUUAGUGGUGACUGGUUUAAAAAAUAUAAAUAUAUAUCAUUUGUACACGAAGAACUCUUCCCAGUGGAAACUGGCUGUGUUUCCGUAUUUCUAUGUCCUAUUCGGAGUGAUCGUGAAAUCUAAGGCUGCUUGAUGUUCUGAUGCUUGUCAAUGCCGUCGUGCUCUGUGACUCCACGAAACGCCAAGGAGCUUCUUCCGGACGCUUCCUCUUCCUCUGUAACAUACGUGUGAAUAGUCAAGGUUUAAUUUUGCUUUAAUCUAAUAAAGUCGAAGUGGGACUUUUA